UAUUGUUUGUUUGUAUUUUGUAAGUUUGCGUUUGGAUCUAAUAACUGUAUGAGAUUAAUUCAUCACAAUGUGGUUUUUAAUGAUGUUAAUGCUUUUGACAUUGACUGAGCAUGGUGAAUCGAAAAUGUUUAUCAUUGAUUCAGUGCAAUGCACGCCAUCAUCAAGAGGACUCUUAGAGUGCGACUGGAAAGGACCAGGGGAUUAUGUAGGAUCAAGUGUCGACUUUGACACUUUGAUUUUCAGAAGACUGUUUAGUUCUGGGUUCGUUAACAUUUUCAAUUCUCCUGGAUUACGGAUAGUGGAAAUUCAGAGUGGUGAUGCAUCUUGCGGAAACAUCAAUGUACCAGAACAUGUGAAAGUGUUUAUAAAAGCCAAGUUAUGUAAUGAGGAUUUGUCAUCCUCAUCAACAUCUGCACUAGGUUCUCCCAAGUCUUCAGGAGAAUCCUCAUUGACCUCAACUUCCUCUUCGUCUUCAUCACCAUCUGAAAAGAGAACAACUAUGACAUUCGACUUUUCGACAACAGAUCAGGCAUAUCCACAUAUUCAAAUUUUUUGGGAAAGAAUCAGUACAUUACAAAUUGCAGUCAUUAUUCUAUCAGUUCUGUCAAUUGCUGUUUGUACAUUUCCCAAACCACGACCCUUACCACCACCAAGCCAAACUGAUUCAGCUUCACAAACACCUACUAAUCCUCGAGUUGUCCAACCUAUCUCUCCUAUCCAAACAACUACACAUGUGCCAUGUUCAAACAAUCGACCUGCUCAACCUUCUCCUCCUAUUCCAACAACUUCAACUCGGGUUCAACAUUUAAAUCCAAGGAACAUUCCACCUUCCUCUCCCAUUGGAAUUCCUACCAGGAGACGGUCAGAAAGACUGAGAACCAGACAAGUUAAUGUGAUAUGAAUUUUCAACUACCUUUAACCAAGUGUUUUAUCUCAGAGUCACAAUCUCAAUUGUUUUGAGUAGUAUGAAAUUGCUCUUUUUUUUCUUUUUUUUUAUACUUCAAACCUGCAGACUGUUUUUACUGUGUUCAGCGGAUUGUAUGUUUUUUUGGUUUUUUUUUAUAGUAAAACAAUGUGAAGUACUUACGCAAUGACUUAACAAAUAUUAUUUUUCUUUUCAAUGCAUUUUUAGAACAGGUGUGGAAAUAUAAUGAUACUGGGUAUAUUCAUUCCAUUGUUUUGUUAUUUGUGUUCACUUUCUGCAGGUAAUAGACAUUGUAAUAUCUUUGUUUUGUGUGGUUUUGUGUUUUUUCUUCUUUUUUUUUUCUUUUAGAUUUUGUGUAGGGAAUACCAUGUUGAUAUCAUUGGUGGUGUAUUUUAAAUUUAAAAUAGAAAGAAAUUCACAUUCCUUCUAUUCAAAUCUGUAUGUAGAUGUAAUACUGUUAUGGUGUAAAUAUGUGAUUGUCAUCAGGAUAAUUGUUUCGAAAUUGUAAAAUAUAACCUGUGUUUUUUAUUUUUCUUGCUUGUUUUACUUUAUUUUAAUUUUUUUGUGAGGAAUUUGAAAAAAAGGUUAUGUGAUUGUCAUCAGGAUAAUUGUUUCAAAAUUGUAAAAUAUAACCUGUAUUUUUAAUUUUCUUGCUUGUUUUACUUUAUUUUUAAUUUUUUGUGAGGAAUUCAAAAAAAAGGUUAUAUUUCCUUUAGUUAUUACAUAUUAUUGUCCCCCCCCUCCCACUAAGUACUUUUUGGUCAUUUAUAUUUUUUGCACUUAGUAUGUAGUAUAAAAUCAUAGCUUUAGAUUUAGUUGUUAUGCAUAUCAAUAUUUUGACAACAUUGUCUCAAAAGUGAUUUUUUUUUUAUUUAUUUACUUUGAAUUUACAUCUCAGGUGCAUUUUUUGAAGUUUAGUUGUUAUCCACACAAGCAGUAUUGGACAACAUUGUCUCUUUGUUUUUUAGUUUUCCAUGUACUACUUAUUACUUGAAGCAAUGUUUUAAUUUUUAGAUUUUUUUUUUUAGAAAGAUUUAGAUAACUUUGAGUAUGUGAGAGUUACGUUGAGUGUGUUUGUGUGUGUUUUAAUUUUCCUUCAGGAAUUUAGUUUGUUGAAAGAAUAGCUUUACUUGUAGUAUUUAUACUGUUACAUAUAAACAGAAUGGGAUAAUAUUUUCUCAUAUUUUUAAUAUUCUACAAUACUUAUUUUUUAGACUGAGAUUUUUUUCCAAAAGAUUUUGAUGAUUCAUCUCUGGUUUUCUAUUCAAAAUUGUUUCAAAUGAAUGAGAAAAAUG